UUUCGGGCGGGAAGAUGGCGGCCGGGUUCAAAACUGUGGAACCUCUGGAGUAUUACAGGAGAUUUUUGAAAGAGAACUGCCAUCCUGAUGGAAGAGAACUUGGUGAAUUCAGAACCACAACUGUCAACAUAGGUUCAAUUAGUACUGCAGAUGGUUCUGCUUUACUGAAGCUGGGAAAUACUACAGUAAUUUGUGGAAUUAAGGCAGAAUUUGCAGCACCACCCACAGAUGCCCCUGAUAAAGGAUAUGUUGUUCCUAAUGUGGAUCUACCACCUCUGUGUUCAUCGAGAUUUCGGUCUGGACCUCCUGGAGAAGAGGCCCAAGUGGCUAGCCAGUUCAUUGCAGAUGUCAUUGAAAAUUCACAGAUAAUUCAGAAAGAGGACUUACGCAUUUCUACAGGAAAGCUUUCUUGGGUUCUAUACUGUGAUAUCAUUUGCCUCGACUAUGAUGGGAACAUCUUGGAUGCUUGUACAUUUGCCUUGUUAGCAGCUUUAAAAAAUGUACAGCUGCCAGAAGUUACUAUAAAUGAAGAAACUGGUUUAGCAAAAGUUAAUUUAAAGAAGAAAAGUUAUUUGAAUAUUAGAACUCAUCCAGUUGCAACUUCCUUUGCUGUAUUUGAUGACACUCUGCUCAUAGUUGACCCUACUGGAGAGGAGGAACAUCUGGCAACUGGAACCUUAACAGUAGUAAUGGAUGAGGAAGGCAAGCUAUGUUGUCUUCACAAACCAGGUGGAAGUGGGCUGACUGGAGCUAAACUUCAGGACUGUAUGAGUCGAGGAGUUACCAGACACAAAGAAGUAAAAAAACUGAUGGAUGAAGAAAUUAAGAGCAUGAAACCCAAAUAAACAACCACCACAUUUUCAAAACAGAUUUGUAAAAACUGUAUUUGUUACACUGUGCACAAACCUUUUAUACUAAAUAAAUAUCAAACUACAUUCUUCAGGAAAAAAAAAAAAAAA